AUGGGAUUUCAGGGUGAAGUAGGGCAAUAUUCUACACCUAAGCUUCUACUCUUCUCCAAAACAGUACCACCCAUGAUGCUGUCACCUGAUCGUACAGGGAUGCUAACACCACCACUGCACAGUUUAGCUUCAGUUCCAUUUCAAUGGGAGGAGGAGCCUGGGAAGCCUAGACCAUGCACCGCUCUUAUCGCACUGCCUAACCCUAUAAAAACCGAAACAAAGUGCUUAGAGCUUCCUCCAAGACUGUUCAUGGAGUCCGCUAAAAUUACCAAAACAAUCUCUCCCACCACAGUCUUGGAUGGACCUUACGUGGACAGGUCCAAGCUCUCUUCUUUUUCAUUCAGAUCUCUCAGGAAGAGUAAAGGGUCUUUUGACAUUACAGGCAGCACAAGUCCUGAGAAAGGGCAGCUUAGAACUGUUGUACUUUGCAAGAAAGGACACAAAAGGAGAGGUUUAUUUGAUUCUUGGGGAAAAAAGAAUCUCAAACUUAAGGGUCAGAAGAAGGAUAUUGGUGAUGACAAUGCUGGGACAAAGGCUACGUUUGGAAAAUUAACAAGAAAUGGAAGCUUUUCCAGCUUCACUCAAGCCAAGUCUAAGCAUCUUUGGGAUGUCAUAUGUGAAGGUCUCAAGCAAGUGAUGCCACGGAAGCAUGGAAAAUCAAUCAAGGAAAAUGUAAACGUGUAA